AUGGACUCAUUUGAAACAAGAAAUGAUGAUGUUAUGGUUCUGAAUUCAUCAGAUACGGCUUCUGUUCAGGUUUUAGAAUUAUCUUCUGCAGGCCCGAAACCGAUAUCAUCCACUUCCCACGCCCCGAAACCUGGGAUGUCUGGUGCUGCAGUUUUCAAGCCAUCAGGCAUUGGUCUGCAUUUAAAUAGCUUAGUCAAAGCUUUGCCAGUGAGUGGUGUUGAAACUUUAGAAUCAAUUGAGAAUGCAAAGCCAAGUGAGCAUCGUUCUACUGCAUGUGAUAAAGGGGAAUGUACUGAAUUGAGUCCGCAAAAUAAAAGGAAAAGGUCAACAGGCUCCGGUGACGGAGAUGAAUGCAAAAACUGCACCUGCAAGAAGACGAAUUGUCUGAAACAACGUCCUAUCGUUACAUCCCAACAAGCUGCUCCGUGUAGAUACUGUGAGUGCUUUGCUUCCGGAUACUACUGUGCUGAAACUUGUUCUUGCCAAGGGUGCUUCAACAUCCCUGAAUACCAAGAUAAAGUUCUUGCAGCAAAGACACAAAUCAUAUCUAAGUCAACACCUUCCUCUGCAAGGCUUAAAAGAGGGUGCAGCUGUAAGAAGUCGAUGUGCCUGAAAAGGAAAUUAUAUGUUGUGUAUCGAUUGCCUAAAAAUUUGACUACUUUGCCUCGAAAGUCCAACGUAGGAUGCUCUGAUGGAUGCCGGUGUGCUGAGUGUAAGAACACCUUUGGAAAGAAAGAAGAAUGUGGCUCAGGUAAGCAUAUUGCCGUCACAGAAGCCACCGUUGAUAUGUCAGAAAAGUCAUUUGAUCAGGAGUUGGAUACUCUCUUGCAUUCUGAGCUCAGCAUUCCUGAUCAAAAUAUGACAAAUGAUGUGAAUAGUCAACCAUGUACCGGAAGUGGCUCCUUUUCAUUAAUCCUAUCUGUGGAGGACCAACCUGACAUGGACUUUGAUGACAUUUUGAAAGAUCUUGACAUAUCAGCACUACUAGAGGAAGAUCUGGACAUAUCAGCAAUGCUAGAGGAAGACUUCAUCCCGAUUUCUCAAGUAGAAGUAAGAUCUCCUGAGAAUGAAAGAGCUUCUCCCUCGCAGAGUGGCAUCGCUGAGCUCAGAACUAGCUCUUCGAUGACUAGGCUUGCACCUGGCCGCAAAUAUGUUUUGCAGGCUGUUCAUUCUAUUCCACCAGCACCCUGCACUGAUCCCAAAAGCACUAGCAGUCCAAAUACAAAUGCUUAG